GAGAGAGAGAGAGAGAGAGAGAGAGGAGAGAGAGAGUAACAUCCUUGCUUGGAGUUGGAGAGGGUCCAAUAGUGUCCUGUUUGGAUUUGUUUAUGAUGGAAAGUUCUCUCAUCUCUAAUGAUAAUAAUAAUCAAAAAAAGAAAGGGUUAGAAAUGAUGAUUGAAAUUAAGAGUCUGUCCUUUGACUUAUGCUUCUCUCUCUAUAUAUCUCCAUAAAUACAAUCUCCUCAGAAUCAUAUCAUCUCUCUCCCUCUUGUAUUACUCUCCAAAACCCAACUCUUGUUUUUGGACAAAAAGAAAAAUAUAGUAAUUAAGCUCCUUCCUUAUUCAUCAUCUUACUUAUUAUUAUUAGCUUGGAAAAAAUUCAAAAGGGAAAGAUAUGGGGAGAGCUCCUUGUUGUGACAAGGCUAAUGUGAAGAAAGGUCCAUGGUCACCUGAGGAAGAUGCUAAGCUUAAAGAGUACAUAGACAAGUAUGGGACUGGUGGCAAUUGGAUUGCUCUCCCACAGAAAGUUGGUCUGAGAAGAUGUGGGAAGAGUUGCAGACUGAGAUGGCUUAACUAUCUUAGACCCAACAUUAAACAUGGAGAAUUCUCUGAAGAGGAAGAUAGUAUUAUCAUUAACCUCUUUGCCAACAUUGGAAGCAGAUGGUCAAUAAUAGCAGCUCAGUUGCCAGGCAGAACUGACAAUGAUAUAAAGAACUACUGGAACACAAAGCUGAAGAAGAAGCUGAUGAGCAUAAUUAAUCCAGCAACACAAGGACUACUACUUAGAAACCCUCAUCAACCUUCCACUAUCUCAUCUCUUCUUCAACAUUCAUCAUCACCAUCUUCAUCAUCAUCCUCAUCAUCACCAUCAUCACUAAUCUGUGGCCAAGCAGGGUCUUUCACCACCACCACCACCACUGGAUUUGAACAACCCAUCACAUCAUUCUCUUCAACUACUAUUCUUAACCAAGAGAGUUACCUUGGUCAAAUGCCACCACAUUACCAAGUCAACAGAGAAAGUUUUCAACGACUUAUGUUUAGUAAUGGUGGUGGUGAAGCCAGUUGCAGCUCUUCAGAUGGAAGCUGCAACAAUAAUGAACAGGCUUUUUUGCAGACCAACAAUUUUUACCAUAAUAAUAAUAAUGGGGUAAAACAAGAGAAUCAGGAAGCGAUGAUGCUCUCAAAUGGGGAUAACAACAACACCAUAACUCAUGUUAAUGGAAAUGGUGUGUGGGGUUCUUCAGAGCAGGCUCCACUAGAGUAUUUUGGCCUUGAAGAGAUUAAGCAGUUGAUUAGUAGUAGUAGUAGUAAUACUAAUAAUAUGACUACUGCUAAUAAUAAUACCAGCAGUUGCAGCAACUUUAUAUUUGAUGAAAACAAGACAACAGAGGAAAGGGUCUUGUACUACUACUGAUGCUGACUGUGGGUAAAAUCAAUCAAAAAGAUUUGGAGAAGAGUGGCAAGGGAAGGAGGGGAUAUGGUUAAAAGAUAUCAGACUUGGACUUGGUGGUUUUUUUUUUAAUUUUUGGGGUGGGGGAGGUGGUAGGGGUAGUAGGUUUGGACAUGAUAUACAUUCUGAUGAGAAAACACUUUUGUUUUUUUAAUUUUUGUUUGGACUGUACAUGGUAAAAAGUUUCCUCUCUGUGCAUUUCUUUUUGGGAAAUGAUGUUGUUUUGAGUACAGUUAACUGCCCCCUCACUCAUUCAGACAUAAAUUUCAUGGUAGUCAGAAUAUAUCCCAUCAUCUUUUUCUAUUUUAGAUCAUUUUACAUUUUAUAAGAACAAAAGCUUGGAAUUUAAAACCCAAGUGUGCAUAAUUAUCAAUGUAUUAUUUGCCUAACUA